AUGUCAGCCCCGCCGGAAGCGCUUCGCAGGGCAGUUUGUUGCUGCUGGCCGGGCGGGAGCUGCUUUGCGCUGCAACCAGCUGCAGGGGAGGAGCGGCGCCCCGGGCGGAGCAGCAGCCAUGGGCAGGACCGUGACAGUGGCCACCUGUGCCCUCAACCAGUGGGCUCUAGAUUUUGAUGGCAAUUUGGCACGGAUUUUAAAAAGUAUUGAAAUAGCAAAAUACAAAGGAGCAAGAUACAGACUUGGACCGGAGCUUGAAAUUUGUGGCUAUGGCUGUUCAGAUCACUAUUAUGAAUCCGAUACGCUGUUACAUUCAUUUGAAGUUCUGGCAAAGCUUUUGGAAUCUCCUGCCACUCAAGACAUCAUCUGUGAUGUGGGAAUGCCUGUUAUGUGCAGAAAUGUUCGCUACAACUGUAGAGUGAUCUUUUUAAACAAGAAAAUUCUUCUGAUCAGGCCAAAGAUGAUACUGGCAAAUACAGGAAAUUACAGGGAACUUCGAUGGUUUACCCCAUGGAGCAGAGCACGGUUUGUGGAGGAAUAUUUUCUCCCCAGGAUGAUACAGGAGGUGACAGGACAGGAAACUGUUCCUUUUGGAGAUGCAGUGCUAGCAACCAAAGAUACAUGCCUAGGGAGUGAAAUCUGUGAAGAGCUGUGGGCACCAAAUAGCCCUCAUAUUGAAAUGGGUCUUGAUGGGGUGGAGAUCUUCACUAAUUCAUCAGGGAGUCACCAUGUGCUGCGGAAAGCUCAUACCCGUGUGAAUGUGGUAAAUUCUGCAACAGCAAAGAGUGGUGGGAUUUACGUCUUAGCCAAUCAGAAGGGCUGUGAUGGUGAUCGUCUGUACUAUGAUGGUUGUGCCAUGAUUUCUAUGAAUGGAGACACUAUUGCUCAAGGAUCCCAGUUUUCACUGAAUGAUGUGGAAGUCUUGGUUGCUACACUGGAUUUGGAAGAUGUUCGAAGUUACAGGGCAGAAAUUUCAUGUCGUAACUUAGAGGCAAGCAAAGUGAAUUCCUAUCCCAGAAUAAAAGUGAAUUUUGCUCUGUCAUGUUCUGAUGAUAUAUGUGUACCUACCUGUGAGCCAAUCCAGUGGAGAUAUCAUAGUCCUGAGGAAGAAAUCUGCCUUGGCCCUGCAUGCUGGCUUUGGGACUACUUAAGACGCAGUAAUCAGGCAGGAUUUUUUCUACCGCUUAGUGGUGGAAUUGACAGCUCUGCUACAGCUUGCAUUGUAUACUCCAUGUGUCGCCAGGUUUGCCUCGCAGUCAAGAAUGGAAAUCAAGAUGUGUUGGCUGAUGUACGUAGGAUAGUGAAUGAUGAGACCUAUACUCCUGAGGAUUCCCAGGAAUUCUGUGGACAUAUCUUCACCACUUGUUACAUGGCUAGCGAGAACUCCUCCCAGGAUACAUACAACAGGGCCAAAUUGUUGGCUGAACAAAUAGGCAGCUAUCAUAUAAAUCUAAACAUAGAUGUGGCAGUGAAAGCCAUUGUGGGGAUUUUCAGUAUGGUGAUGGGCAGAUCUCCCCAGUUUCGUGUCUAUGGAGGGAGCAGCAGGGAAAAUCUGGCACUACAGAAUGUGCAGGCUAGAAUAAGAAUGGUCCUUGCCUACUUGUUUGCUCAGCUGAGUCAUUGGGCUCGUGGGAUGCCUGGUGGGCUUCUAGUGCUCGGAUCAGCCAAUGUGGACGAAAGUCUUCACGGAUACUUGACUAAGUACGAUUGCUCCAGUGCCGAUAUCAAUCCUGUUGGUGGAAUCAGCAAGACUGACUUGAGAAGUUUCAUACAGUAUUGUAUGGAAAACUUCCAGCUUACAGCACUCAGAAGUAUUAUAUCAGCUCCACCAACUGCAGAGUUAGAGCCCCUUGCGGAUGGACAAGUGUCUCAAACUGAUGAGGAAGAUAUGGGGAUGACAUACACAGAGCUCUCAGUCUAUGGCAAACUAAGGAAGAUGGCCAAGGCUGGACCUUACAGCAUGUUUUGUAAGCUGAUCAAUAUGUGGAAGGAGAUCUGUACCCCAAGAGAGGUGGCAUCCAAGGUUAAGCAUUUUUUCAGGAUGUACUCAAUUAACAGACAUAAAAUGACCACCCUCACACCUGCCUAUCAUGCUGAAAACUACAGUCCUGAGGACAACCGAUUUGACCUGAGACCUUUCCUUUACAACUCCACCUGGUCAUGGCAGUUCAGGUCUAUAGAUAAACAGGUUUCCAAUCUAGAAAGUAAGGAAGGGAAGCCUGUACUUGAAGAUGUGGAUUGACCACUCUCCGCUCUUAUACUACUGACCUAAUAGUGGCUCCACAAACACAACAUUCAAGGAAGGAGUAUAUUCUGAAGAUCAAGAUGGUUCCAGUGUCUGAACAGACUAUAGAGCUGGUUUAUCUUGUUAUUAACAGUUAUAUCUGUAAUUAAUCAAACCCAAAUUAGUUUGGACAAAUAAGUUUCAAGCUGUAUUAUUCAUGAUUCUGAAUAGUUUGCUUCAGCUAUUCACUAUUUGUUAUUCAUGAUGUGUGACUGGUCACAUACUUCACAUGGUCACGGCUGAAACUUAAAAUGUAAAAAUAAAGAUUGGACUUUGGGGUUUUAAUUUUUGAAUAAUUAAUCAUUCAUGAUUCAUUAAUAUUUUCACAUAUACCCAAAGAUUGUCUGAGUACUUGGAAAUAACAAGUGAUAUGAUCCCUCCAAUCAUAGAAACCUGGGUCAGUGCUUUUGUGUGAAAAUGUGUGUGCCCAUAUAAAAUUUGACUGGGCCUAAUGAAUGGUCUGCAUGUGAUUUUUAUCUAACAUGUUGAACUGAAAGCAAAAAUCUUUAUAGUCUCUGGCACAUGUGAAAAAAACGAAAUUUUCAUUUUAUUGUGUAAUAAAUUCACAUUUUUAUAAUGCUAAUUGGCUCUGUUCUUAAGAUAUUUUUUAUUUACAUAGAAUUGACUAACUCAUCUGGUUUAGUGAUUGGAACAGCAGAGUAAGAUUCUAAUUUAACAAGGUAUUUGAGCAUGGGCCAAAUUUUACAUACAUGAGUAGUUUCUAAUGUGGCCCAGGUCAGCACUCCUAAGGUCUGUUUCUGGCUCUGCCAUCUACUUGCUGUGUAACCUUUGAAAUUCAGUUUAAUCUCUGUGAGUUUGUUUCCUCAUUCCUAAAAUAGGGAUACUGCCUAGUUGAUAUAAUGCUGAAUGCGCUCUGAGAUCCUCAGAUAAAAGGUACUCUACUAUUAUCUGUAAAACAUUAUUUAAA